AUGCCUUUCAAAACGCCUAUUGGGACUUCACCGUAUAAGCUGGUAUUUGGGAAGGCAUGUCAUUUGCCUAUUGAGCUUGAGCAUAAGGCCCUUUGGGCAUUGAAAAAGUUGAACAUGGAUUGGCAUGAAGCAACUAAGCUGAGGUUGUUUCAAAUCAACGAGAUGGAUGAAUUUAGGUACAAUGCCUAUGAAAGUGCAACAUUGUACAAGGAAAAAAUGAAAUACUAUCAUGACUCGAAGAUCCUCAAAAGGGAUUUUCAGCCAAAGGAUUUGGUCCUAUUGUACAAUUCGAGCCUAAAGUUCUUUCCGGGCAAGCUUAAGUCUCGAUGGUCAGGGCCGUUUGAAAUUGUUAGUGUUUCCCCAAAUGGAAGCGUCAUUGAAGUGAAAAUCGAGGAUGACACUCGGACUUUUAAAGUAAAUGCACAAAGAGUGAAGCACUAUCAUUGGUGCAUUGAUGAUGGCAAAGUGAUUGAUAAGUAUCGUUUGAAAUAUGAUUCCUGA